UCCAUUCACUAUAUAUCUCUGGCUAGACGGAGUUUCCACUUCCGCACAGCAACUGUUUGAUUGAAACAAUGUCUCCUUCACCGACGCACACGGCAAUAUUACUUGCUUCAAUCCUCUGUACUACGACCCUCGCUUCCGUUACAUCAGUCCCACUCCAAGGCAUCAGUGGACUGUCGAGCCCUAGCCUAAGUCGUCGAGCUCUUCCAAUCGCUCACACUUACGAAGAUAAUUUCUUCUGGUUUGGCAAUUAUUCUGUCGGGAACGCCGAUAAUCUUGAACUUCUCAUCGACACAGGGUCCAGCGACAUCUUUAUCAACCCAGGAGAGUACGUGCCAAGUUCGAACUCGAAAGACUUGGAGGAGAACUUUACUGCGACUUUCUCAACAGCGAAAUCUGAUGGAACGGGAUUUGUAUCUCUUGAUGGUAAAAACUUCGAGGAUUCAGUCACCCUCUCCGGCUCAAACUUCACCGUCACAAACCAGUACAUAGGCAUUAUCAGCACGACGACAGAAGGUAUACCGCGUGCGGGACUGAUAGGAUUCGCAGGCGAGAAUUCGAGUUUCAGUGGACAACCGGGUUGGUUCGAAAACUUGUGCACCAACAAGGCAUUCGACGAAUGUCGUUACGGCCUGGCUUUCAAUACCAAUCACACUGGUGUCCAGUAUCUUGGUGGUGUUGAAGAUACUGCCUUCACAGGUGACCUGGUGACUACCCCGAUAGAAUCCCAAUGGGUUACAUGGGGCGAUGUUGCUGUCAAUGGAGAAAUCACCUCACGCGACACACGCAUGCUCACCGACAUGGGCACUGCCGUCAUCUGGGGUCCAAGCGAUGUUGUUCAAGAUAUGUAUGAGCGCGCGGGGAUCGAGUGGGAUACUAUCCCCCCGACUGAUACUUUUCCUGGUACUAUCAUCCAGGGCUCCUACCCAUGCUCGUCACCGCCUACUUUCGGGUUCGGCUUUCCAUCUACACAGAACAUUACCGAUGCAAUUCUGGAUCCGGGGAGUACAGUGAGUCGUAAGGGGUCUAUCUUCAACGUCACGCCCGAAGCGUUGGUCGCUAGCGAGGCAGAUGGUAUUUGCAAGUCGAUCUUGAAGGGUGUUACGAAUAUGAAUAUAUGGAUUGUUGGCCAGCCUUUCUACCAGGGUAGAUAUAUUGACCAUGACUUCGAGACCAACUUGAUGGGUUGGGCAGAUUUGAUAUAG